AUGGCGACUUCUAGGGGAAGCUGUUUGAUAGUUCUCAGUUCUGCUGCUGAAGGUGUGUCUGCCACAUCUUUCAUGCAGGCCUGCACCCUCAUCAAUCAGAGUUUUGCUAUACAGCUAGCAUCUCCCGGAGGCAGACAGACAGAGUAUGUGAAUCAGGAUGACUCCAACAGACGUUGGUUCAAUGAGUUCCGCUCCAAGGCCAGCUCGACCCCAAUUGCUUUGGACACAGUUGAUGUGAAUCGAUAUUCUGCCGUGUUGAUACCACCAUGUCCAGGUGCCAUCCAUGACCUUGCUUCUAAUGCUGACCUUGGCCAAAUUCUCACCCAUUUCAUCAAAGAAAAAAAGCCCAUUUGUGCGGUGGGACUGGGUGUUGCAGGUCUGUGCUCUGCGAGGAAAGAAGAUGGGAAGUCAUGGUUGCUGGAGGAUUUCUGUCUGACAGCUCCAUCACUGUUUGAAGUUGGAUACCUUCCAGAAUUCCCAUCAAUGCCUCUUGUCCUGGAAGAUUUUAUCAAAGAUUAUGGUGGGAAAUACACAGCCUCUGAGCCUGAUGAAGUGCAUGUUGUGGUAGACAGAAACCUCAUAACUGGACAGAACAUUCACUCCACGGUGACAGCAGUGCAGAACCUCAUCUUGAUUUGUAGUCAGAAGUAG